AUGAUUCCCAUCGUACCAACUGCUGCAAUCUUAACGGCAGCGCCAAACGAAAAUGCAAAUCAACCACGAUGGACAUUUCUGUUUGAUAAUAUCUCUACAAGAGCAUCGACAAAACUGAACUUUUUAGGACUUGCCUUGAUGGUGAUCGGAUUAGUUGCGAUUGGAUGUGAAGCUUAUUUAUUAAAAACUGGCAACGUUUCUUCUAACACAGGUCGACAAUAUUAUGACCUAUUCGGAAUCCAUGUCUUCGCGUUUGGCUUUCUCGUCCUACUCCUUUAUCGUCAUCAAGUUUAUGUAAUGAUCGCUGUUUUCCUUCUUAGUUUCUAUGAGUUCCUAAGUCUCAUACGAGUAAUAAUUCUUUAUUCUAUAUCACUUGCUGUCAUGACCGAGGAAUGCAAUGCACAUCCAUUAAGCGACUGUGUAACAGUGACGAUCAGAGCAUUAUUUAUUACAUGUUUAAUCUGUGCACUACUCGCUUUUGGUUUGAUUUGGGAAAACUUAAUUGUGACUUCUCGAGAGUUUCAACUAUCUAUGAAGAGUCCAAUGGCAGCACCGCCAAUGGCCGUUGCAUAUAUUAAUCAAGCACAUGUGGCUGACACAUAA